AUGACACGCAAUGCUGACGAGUACAACGACCCUUACAAAAUCGACAUAAAGGAUCUACAAUUUUUGCAUAAAUUCCGCGACCGUAAAGAGUACUUUGAAAAAGCGCUUAGUGCACUCUUAGCCGACGAACACUUUUUACUGCUUUAUGUGCCGGAUCACAAUGGAGCCAAGAUGCAAAUUGUACGGCCUGCCAAUGACGCAUAUCACCGAAGACGCAUGAUCAAAAUAGUCAAUGAACGACGACCCGGACGACCUGUUCCAUCAUGUUAUUAUGCAUUGUCACAUCUUUGGGGGCUCACAGAAAACAACCGAUAUCUUUGGCACGAGAUUGGUGACUAUGUGGAUGACGAACAAGGACAACCUGCAGCUCCUGUUUCGAUGCGACCUGAAAAACGUGAUACCUUACUUGCAUUGCUCAAGUCACAUCCUGAUAGUUAUUGGUGGAUCGAUGUCUUAUGUGCACGUACCGAUACACCCUUGGAUAUUAUGGGCGAUAUCUAUGCUUGUUGCCUUGAAUGUGUUGCCAUGAUCGAUUGUGAGCCAAGUCUGCUAUCGAAAUUUCUCAAGAAAGAGAACACUUUUUUGGGAUCAUGGUUUGCAGCACCAACACCACUAUUUCAUCCCCAGCGGUUAUCAUUAAUCAAAGGACCCUGGUUGAUCAAACUCUUGGGAACAUUCUUGCAAAGUGGAUGGUGGCAACGCGUAUGGACUUGGCAGGAGAUGGCUCUACCUCUAGGAGACGUGCGUUUUAUGGCUGAAACAGACGCUCACGGAUUCCAAAACAACACAAUUACGCUGAAUGAAUUGGAUUAUUUCGGUCGUGAGGUAUAUAAGGUACAAGCAUCUGACGAACGAAAUGGAGAUGCAGCCCGUGAAAUUUAUUCAAUUCUCCAGGGCAUCACAUGUGCUAAGACGUCCACUUCAGACCGAAAGGGCGGUGAUGACUUUACCGCAAGAUUUCAAUUGAUAAUGUUGUCAUUGCGUUAUUCCAAACGACGUUGCUAUGAUCCGGCUGAUUACGUUUAUGGGGUGCUAGGAAUGAUGCAGAUCAAAAUCCCAAGGGUGGAGGAUCCGAAUGCUGCCUGGAGCCAUUUGUUGUCAAAGCUGGAUGAUUUACUUCCACUUAAAUAUUCAAGAUGGGUUGAUAGUGCAGACGAAUUCGAUUUACGGGAAGCUGAAACAAUCGGUGAUGUAUACACGAAGCUGGUUGAAAUCUAUGCAGACCCAAUUCCAACAUUAGAAUGCUACACGUUAUUGAAAUCGACAUCAUGGCAAGAUUGA